AUGGCGGCUCCAACUCCGAUGACUCGGGAGUCUCGUGUCGGGUCCUUUCAGACGGACUCCGAUGUGGACUGCGCAGGUCAGAGCACCCUCGACUCUUUGAAGCCGGGCGUCCUGAAGCAGAUGCAAGGAAUGAAUUUCGACCGCCUCACGGAGAUUCAGCAGCUGGCCUUGCUCACUCCUCACUUGGUGCUCAGAGCACGCACACUUCGCAAUCCUACGAAGCUUCUGCUGAUAAUCCAGGCGCGGGGAGCUCAUUUGGUGGAUCUCGGCCUUUGCCCGAUGGUCCCACGCCGUGUACAGCGACGACUUCAUUCAACCCUCCGCCAGCUUUCUCUGGAGGAGCUGCUGGUCUUGUCCCUCACGAAGGCAGAUCCAACACACGCUGAUGCGAUUCUUCGAGCAUUGCAGGAAACCUGCGAUACCAAGUGA